AUGACAGAAACAUCCUAUGCGACUGGCCCUACAACGCAACCCACCACCAUCGUCCUUGAUCCUCAAUAUAAGGAGAACAUUCUUGUAACAGAAAGAGUGCUUGCUCCUGCUUCUGGUUUGCAGGGCAUGUUAGACAUCCCUGAUUUGUCAAAUAGACAUAACGUUAGGGUAACCGAAAGGCUGAUUAGGUCAGAUGAUACUAUGCCUGGAGUCUUAAAAGUUCCCGACUUCCCUGAUUCACAGUAUGUUGUUGUAAGGGAGAGGGAGAGACUGCUUGUACCUAGUUCAGAUCUAAAGGGCUCGCUAAGCAUUCCCAAUUUAUCAGAAGGGCAGAAUGUGGUGAUAACUGAAAACUUGGUGACACCCACCUCCGGGCUGCAGGCUAGUUACACAACUCCAGCUCAGAUUUCAGGGAUGCAAAACAUUAGAGGACAGACCACCCUCUCUGGACCUGGAAGGCAGGAGCAUAUACUAAUCACAGACCCCCUACUUAACCAAACAGGCUUAGGUUUGGAGGAUUCUUCUACCCUCGGUAAGUCUUCAAAUAUCACAAAAUACAGCACUGUACAGUAUACACGCUCAUAAUAUAUGUAAUUCUCAGACAGCUCUGCUAGGCAUCAUUUAUAUCUGGAUCAGCCACAACUUUCACUUCUUAAGCUUCAGAGGGGUAACCGAGUUAGUCUGUAACUGGAAAAAUUUAAAAAACAACAAAUAGUCUAGCAGCACCUUAAAUACUAGCAAAACAUGUGGAUGGUUUCAUGAGCUUUCAUGGGUACAAUCCACUUCUUCAAUCCAACUUCUUCACUUCUUAGUAUCUCAAGAAAUCAACUUCCUUGUGCUUUGAAAAAUGACAUGGAUUUUCUUACAGCAGUUUCUGUAAAUAAGAAAUAUGAGCUGGGGAAAAAACAGCUCACUUUACAAAGUUCUUAGUUAGACAGUUAAUAGGAAUAAUGUUUCCUUGUUUCUUCCUCUCUACCACUGUAUAAUUCUUCACAUUGAUUGGUGAGAGCUAAGCCCAUUACCCACGUGCAGAGUACGAUAUACUUAAAAAGCCAGAAAGGUCUCUAAUGAUCAACAAAAAAUAUUGUUAAACUAAAUGUCUAGAACCAUGGUCCCCAACACGGUGCCCGCGGGCGCCAUGGCGCCCGUGGGGGCAUUUUAAUGCCCCCGCCAGGUGCUCGGGG